AUGCCGAGCCGCCCCGACGACUACGAGGUGCUGCUCACCAUCGGCGCCGGCUCCUACGGGAAGUGCCGCAAGGUGCGCCGCAAGGCCGACGGCAAGAUCUUGGUAUGGAAGGAGCUGGACUAUGGCACCAUGACGGAGUCGGAGAAGCAGAUGCUCGUGUCGGAGGUGAACUUGCUGAGGGAGCUGCGGCAUCCGAACAUCGUGCGCUACUACGACCGCAUCAUCGACAGGAGCAGCACCACGCUGUACAUCGUCAUGGAGUACUGCGAUGGGGGCGACCUGGCCAGCCUGAUCGCCAAGUGCGCCAAGGAAAGGCACUUCUUGGACGAGAGCUUUGUUCUCAAAGUGUUGGCUCAAUUAACACUGGCCUUGAAGGAGUGUCACAGACGGAGCGAUGGUGGAGUCACUGUGCACCGUGACCUGAAACCAGCAAAUGUCUUUCUAGAUGGCAAGCAGAAUGUGAAACUUGGAGAUUUUGGACUGGCUAGGAUAUUGCACCAUGACACCAGCUUUGCCACAACGUUUGUUGGCACUCCAUAUUACAUGUCUCCAGAACAAAUGAAUUACAUGUCAUACAAUGAAAAAUCUGACAUCUGGUCACUAGGAUGCCUCAUGUAUGAAUUAUGUGCUCUCUCGCCUCCAUUUACAGCUUCCAACCAAAAGGAGCUGGCAGAAAAGAUAAAGGAAGGGAGGUACAGGCGAAUACCAUAUCGUUACUCAGAUGAGCUGAACGACCUUCUCAAGGAGAUGCUGAAUGUAAAGGAUUACUGCCGACCCUCUGUUGAAGAUAUUCUGCAGCACCCCUUGAUAGAAGCCGUGGUGACAGAAGAACAAAAACAAAAUUUGGAUAGAAGAGGCGUGAAAUCAUGGGAGUCAGACAGAGUGCAAUACUCAGAAGCUGCAAUGAAUGAGCUGAAACGGAAGGAGCAACAAUUACAGGAGCGAGAGCAAGCCAUUAAAGAGAGAGAACAACGUCUGGAGCAGAGAGAACGGGAGCUCUGUAUUCGGGAGAGACUGGCAGAGGACAAACUUGCUAGAGCGGAAAGCCUGAUGAAGAGGUACAAUGCCCGCAAGCAGGAGGUAACAUGCGCAGAAGGACCAGAAGUGACUAUCAAAGCAGAAAAGGACACAAGUUUAAAUCCCCUAGACAAUAACGUACUCCCGCUUCCCCUUUCUACAACCAAGAAGAGCUCACUCCUUGAUAGAAGUGAAGAGAAAGCUGUGCCUCAUAAUAUGGAAAACUAUUUCCUUUCCAAAGGAAAAAACUCUGAUCUCAAAAGUCGUCUAUAUGCUGCAAAUCUACGGGCUCAAGCUCUGGCUGAACUGGAAAAAAGCUAUCAACUAAAGAGCAGACAAAUCCUGGGCAUGCGCUGA